ACAUUUCUAACUUCGUUUGUUCUGACUCCCUGCAGCAGAUUGUUGUUAAGAUGGCUCAGUUAAGUCAGUCUUGGGAGCAAAGCUUACGAUAGAUACUUCGGAGAGGAAAAAAAUGUAGUUUUCCAAAAUGUCUCUGCAUGAAGUGCCAUGCUUCGGUUAAGUGUUUGUUCUAGGCUCUAGUUGUGUGUCUCAAGGCUUAUUUACUGGAUAGGAACCUGUAGACCUGGCAAGAGGAUGUUUGUAACACAGUAUCCUGUGUGUGUCCCUUGGGUCUGAGGAUGUACCUGUUCUGUGGACUUACACAGCCUCCUACUUACUGAAAGAUGUCAGCAAUUGGAGUAGUGUCCUCCUGUUCCUGUCUCUGUCCUGGUGUAUGGCUGCUGAAAGGAGGGAUGCAGAAGAUGAGCUCCUUCAGCUUCCAUACGGCAGCCAGGUGUGCUGCCAAGGAUUAUUAUGAAGUACUUGUGUUGGGUGGAGGCACUGGUGGAAUCACGAUGAGUGCUCGGAUGAAGAGGAAGGUGGGGGCAGGAAAUGUGGCUGUUGUUGAGCCAAGUAAGACUCAUUACUAUCAGCCCCUGUGGACCCUGGUGGGUGGUGGUGCAAAGCAGCUGGCAGCAUCUGCGCGUCCAACGGGAAGUGUGAUGCCUAAAGGUGUUGAGUGGAUCCAAUCUCGAGUCACAGCAUUGGAUCCAGAUAGGAACUGUGUCUGCCUGGAGAAUGAUACCAAGGUAUCUUACAAGUAUCUGAUAAUUGCCCUUGGGAUUAGUCUGCAUUAUGAAAAGAUCAAAGGCUUGCCUGAAGGUUUUCAUCACCCUAAAAUAGGUUCCAAUUAUUCAGUUCAUACGGUAGAGAAAACAUGGAAAGCUUUGCAAGAUUUCAAGGAAGGAAAUGCUAUCUUCACUUUUCCAAAUACUCCAGUGAAGUGUGCAGGGGCUCCUCAGAAGAUCAUGUAUUUAUCAGAGGCCUACUGGAGGAAAACAGGAAAACGUUCCAAAGCAAACAUAAUGUUCAACACUUCACUUGGUGCCAUUUUUGGUGUUAAGAAGUAUGCUGAUGCAUUGCUUGAAAUAAUAAAGGAGAGGAAUAUUGCUGUUAACUAUAAGAGCAACCUCGUAGAAGUUCGAGCGGACAAGCAGGAAGCUGUGUUUGAAAACUUGGACAAACCUGGAGUGACUGAAGUUCAUCAGUAUGAAAUGCUUCAUGUCACACCUCCAAUGGGGCCACCUGAUGUACUCAUCAACAGUCCUGUCGCAGAUGAAAUUGGCUGGGUGGAUGUCGAUAAGGAAACUCUGCAACAUAAAAAGUAUCCUAAUGUAUUUGGUAUUGGAGACUGCACCAACCUUCCAACAUCAAAAACGGCUGCAGCUGUAGCUGCCCAGUCUGGAGUGCUUGAUACAACUAUUUCCCUGGUAAUGAAGAACCAGUUGCCAACUAAAAAGUAUGAUGGAUAUACUUCCUGCCCGCUUGUCACAGGCUACAACAAGGUGAUUCUAGCAGAAUUUGACUAUGAUGCUCAGCCUUUGGAGACCUUUCCCAUUGACCAGAGCAAGGAGAGGGUAACCAUGUACCACAUGAAAGCUGAUAUGAUGCCUGUUCUCUAUUGGAAUGCACUGCUUAAGGGAUACUGGGGAGGACCAGCUCCUAUCAGGAAGCUAAUGCACCUGGGCUUGAAGUAAGUGCUGGUUUUGUGUUGAUCAAACCUUUUUGAAGAAAAGGGACUGGUGUCAUAAAGGAUCAUUACAGAUUUUCCCUUUUGGACUACCUAAUAGACUGUUUUUUGUUUUGUUUUUUUUUUUACUUUUUAAAAAUCAAGCUUUUGUCCUAAAUUCACUUUCCCCAUACUAAGGAUUAAGCCCUGGUAUGCUCUUUCAUGGCUCUUCUAUGUACACCAAGGCCUUAUAUUUAUUUCUGUAUAUGCACAGGAGACUGAACUUGCCUUAAGCUGCAGAACAGUACUGAAAUCUAGAACAACUGGGUUUUUUUAAGCUGUUGUAUGUAGAGGGUUUUCUCCCUGACUCUAAACUGAAUUGUUUGUAUCUGAGAUCAAUGUGUGCACUGCAUUUAACAAAAUAAUUCAAUGCUCGUGAAAUGGCCUGAAAACCUCCUCUUGUUCUCUUGAAGAGCAAAAUAAAUCUUAAAUUUAUUGAUCAAGAA